AUGGGUUUCAUUGCCAACGUCAAGACCGUCCUUAGCGGCGACACCCUCGUCCUGACGAGCCCCAACAACCCGAACCUCGAGCGGACCUUCUCUCUUGCCUUUGUCACCGCGCCCCGCCUCAGCAGAGACAACGAGGAGCCCUUUGCCUUCGCGUCACGCGAGCACCUCCGUUCUCUCGUCAUCGGCAAGCAAGUCGAAUGCACCGUGCUGUACACCGUCCCCGGCUCCAAUCGCGAAUAUGGCAGUGCUGUGAUUGCCAAUGGCCCCAAGCUGCCCGAUGCCCUGGUUGAGGCUGGUUGGGUCAAGGUCCGUGAGGAGGCCGGCAGAAAGGAGGACAAGGAGGAGGUCGUCGAGCAGAUCAGCAACCUGCGCAGCCUCGAGUCCCAGGCGCGCGCCAGCGGUCUCGGCCUGUUCUCCGGCGCCGACGGCACCAUUGAGGUCCAGAACGACCUCGGUGGCCCCAACUUCCUCAAGGAGUGGAAGGGCAAGACCGUGGACGGCAUCAUUGAGCGCGUCUACUCGGGCGACCGCCUGCUUGUCCGCCUUCUUCUGUCCGACAAGAAGCACGCGCAGGUCGUGACCCUCGUGGCCGGCAUCCGCACCCCCGCCACCGAGCGCAGCAAUCCGACCACUGGCCAGACCCAGCCGGCGGAGGAGUACGGCAAGGAGGCACACCAGUUUGUUGAGCAGCGGCUACAGCAGCGCCAAGUUAAGAUCCACAUUGUCGGCGCCAGUCCCCAGGGCCAGCUCGUCGCUACCGUCCUGCACCCGCGCGGUAACAUUGCCGUCUUCCUGCUGCAAGAGGGUCUCGCUCGUUGCAACGACUUCCACUCCACCAUGCUCGGCGAGGGCAUGCCUGCUCUGCGCGCUGCCGAGAAGCAGGCUCAGGACGGGAAGAAGCGUCUCCACAAGAACCACGUCGCCAAAGCCUCGGAGGGCCACCUGGAUGUGACUGUGACGAAGGUCAUUGGUGCCGAUACCAUUAUCGUUCGCGACAAAUCCGGCCCCGAAAAGCGCGUCCAGCUGAGUAGCAUCCGCGGCCCGCGGACGAACGAGGCUUCCGAGGCACCGUUCCGGGAGGAGGCCAAGGAGUUCCUGCGCAAAAGGAUCAUUGGCAAGCACGUCCGUGUCACGGUUGAUGGCUCGCGGCCAGCCACGGAGGGCUUCGAGGCGAAGGACGUCGCCACCGUGACACAGAAUGGCAAGAACAUCAACCUGGCUAUUGUCCAGGAGGGUUACGCCUCCGUUAUCCGCCACCGCAAGGACGACACCGACCGUGCGCCUAACUACGACGAACUGCUCGCAGCACAGGAGACCGCCAAGGAGGAGAAGAAGGGUAUGUGGUCCGGCAAAGCACCAAAGGUCAAGCAGUACACCGACGCUUCCGAGACCCUGCAGCGCGCAAAGAUCCAGGCCGCGGCUCUGCAGCGGCAAAAGAAGGUCCCUGGUAUCGUCGAUUUCUGCAAGUCUGGUUCGCGGUUCACCGUCAUUGUCCCCCGCGAGGGCAUCAAGCUGACCCUGGUGCUCGCGGGCAUCCGUGCGCCCCGCGCCCCCGGCCGCAACUCCCAGGAAAAGGGCGAGCCGUUUGGUGAGGAGGCGCUUGAGCUGGCCAAUCGGCGGUGCAACCAGCGCGACUGCGAGAUUGAUGUGCUGGACGUCGACAAGACGGGUGGUUUCAUCGGCGAGCUGUUCAUCAACCGCGAGAGCUUUGCCAAGGUCCUUGUUGAGGAGGGUCUGGCGUCGGUGCACCAGUACUCGGCAGAGAAGUCGGGCAACGCGGCCGAGCUGAAUGCUGCGGAGAAGCGCGCCAAGGAGGCCCGCAAAGGCCUGUGGCACGACUGGGACCCUUCGCAGGACGAGGUUGCCGAGGAGGCCAGUAGCCAUGCCAACGGUGGUGGUGCGGCGGCGAGCAGCGAAGGCGCGACCCUGACGCAGCGACCGCAGGACUACCGUGACAUUGUCGUGACGAACAUUGAUGCCAACGGACGGCUGAAGAUUCAAGAGAUUGGCAAGGGCACUGCGGCGCUCGAGACGCUGACAAGUGAGUUCCGCAAGUUCCACCUGGACAGCAAGAACAACGUCUCCAUCGGCACCAGCCCCAAGGCGGGCGACUUUGUGUCGGCUAAAUUCUCCGAGGACGGCCAGUGGUACCGUGCCAAGAUCCGGUCCAACGACCGCACUGCCAAGGUUGCCGAGGUCGUCUACAUUGACUACGGCAACUCGGAGAAGAUUCCCUGGUCGCAGUUGCGGCCGCUGGACCAGACCAAGUUUGGUAUUCAGCGCCUCAAAUCGCAGGCCACCGACGCUGUGCUGUCGUUUGUGCAGCUGCCGACAGGUUCCGACUACUUCCGCGACGCCGUCAACUUCAUCGCCGAGUGCACGGCCGAGCCGCUCGUGGGCAGCUACGACUUUGUGGACGCCAAGGAGGGUCUCAGUUACAUCACCAUCUACGACCCCAAGACAGGCAGCGACCGCAAUGCGUCGCUGAACCGCGAGGUACUGCUCAACGGCCACGGCCUGGUGCCGCGCAAGCUCAAGACGUGGGAGCGGAGCAGUGUGUUUGAGCCGACGCUCAAGGCGCUGCGCGAGGCCGAGAAGGAGGCCAAGGAGAACAAGUACGGCAUGUGGGAGUACGGCGACAUCACUGAGGAUUAA